AUGUGCCUCCUCCUUGGUCAGCUUAUCAAGGAGAAACCAAUUCAAAGGGUCAAGGAUGCCAAGUGGUUUAUUAUCUUAGUUAACGAGGUGACGGAUUGUGCUACACUAGAGCAGAUGUUGAUCUAUAUUGGUUAUGUUGAUGAGGUAGGGAAGACAUUUUGAUUUUCUUGAAGUAAAAGAUGUUCUUGAAACAUCAGAAUCAGCAGAUUCUGAGACUCUCACAAGGAUCAUCACUGAGGAGCUGAAAGCAUGUGGUCUAAACCUUGCUUUAGUUUGUGGUUUUGGCUCAGAUGGUGCUAGUGUCAUGACUGGCAAAAAUAAUGGUGUUGGUGCCAGACUUCAGAAAGUGUGUAGCAUCAUGGUACGCAGUCACUGCAUUAACCACAGGCUUGCCUUAGCAUGCAGUGAUGCCAAUGACCGCCUAUGCUAAUGAUGACCCCACAAAACAGAAAAAUCUGUCCAAGUCUCUGGCAGUGAAGAUACAGAAAGCUUGCAGGACAAGGUGGCUUUCAACUGGCCAAAGUGUUUCAAGCGUCUGCCGAAACCUUCUUACCCUGAUGCAGACAUUGAGGCAGUUUAAGGAAGCUGAUGCUACAGCUCAAGGUCUUCUAAAGACAAUGAAUAACACCAAGUUUGUUGGCACGAUGCUUCUACUGAAUGCAGUUCUACCUCAUCUCAACACCCUUAGCAAGGCGUUCCAAAAAGAUCAAACAUGCUACACCUCCAUCAGACCUGCACUUGAAAAUACCAAAUCCAGACUUUUUGAAAUCCGGUCCUCCUUUGACCUUGUUCUUGAGUUGCAAACAACCAUUCAGCCAGGUGGGGACUAUGCUUCUUUGGAACUGGAGCUUACAGAUGAUGGCCAGAUAGAAGCAUUCUUGAAAAAUCUUGUAGUUAACUACACAACUGCCCUUGAGAGGAACCUAGAUAGAAGAUUUCAAGAGGCAGCGCCCGUUCUUGAAACAUUUUCAAUCUUUGAUCCGAGCUGCCUCCCAAAGCCAGAGGACCCAGCCUUCAAGAAGUAUGGUGUGGAUGAAGUAAAAGUGCUGUGCAAGCAGUUCCAGUUUCACAAAGAUCACACACUUGCACAGUGGUACAACUUCAAGUACCUGAUGUCAUCAUGA